CUUUUACGUGUCUUGCUGAUGCCGAACUCCUUUUCGCAGGUACGAUGGACUUUCGAGGGACCCGAGGUGGGCACUUGUUCCAAGGCAUGAAGAGGAGAAAACGGGUGGCUAAGCGAGCUCGCGUCGAGCCAUCCCAGGGGGCGGAGCCCGAGGUGCUGGACUAUCCGGCAGAGGAGCCCGAGAUGGUUCCUCCUAUGCAGGAGCCGGCGGGGGCUCCUUAUGCCGAAACCACACACACGGGGGCUCCCGCCUACUCCGAGUCUGCCCAUACGCGAGCUGGGCCGUCGGGCUCGGAGGCCCCGGGGGACUUCAGGAGCGUGCUGUCGCCUGUUCAUGCUCUUCAACGGAGUAAGGAGGCGAUGUUUCCCGAGGAAGUUGCGGCGUGGACCGAGCUCCCUCUGCACCAAGUGGCCUGCCGUGCUGUUACUCAUGCCAUGGUGGUGAACUCUUCCAUUCACGCCUUGGCGAACCAGGUGGAGAGAUGCUCGAGGCAGGCGCGAGCUGCCGAGGAGGCUGCUCGAACUGCCGAGGAGAAUGCUCAUGCUGCUGAGGAGAAUGCUCGUGCUGCUGAGGCUACUGCUCGCCUUGUGCGGUCUAGGCAGUUGAUUUCUCUCCAUGCACGGCCGCGUGUGAUCUUUAGAGGUGUGGUGUUGCAGAGACUUCACAAAUCACAAUUCUCAUUGCUAGCUGCUGCUGAUGGCAGUGGCGGAGACGGCGGUGAUAGUAGUUGCCGGUGGUGCCUUGGAUGA